AUGGUGGAAGGUUCAAUUGGGCAGACCUUGUUAUCGACGAUCGAGGGUCUUGGUCAGCCGGAGCUCGAUCUUCUGAAUCGGACGAUUCACCAAGACGACUUCACCGAGCAAUUUGUAAUCGGCCCGAGUUUCUACCAUGGGCAUCGCCAGAAGCUUGUAUUCCACCUGUUAUCUUCGCGACGAAUUGUCUUGGACGCGUACCUGGCAUUCGCCCUGUCCUGCGGCGACCAGGCCCAAGUCAAUACAAGCUACAAGAAGGCCGCCUCGGCACUCUUCACCCUUCGCUCGAUCCAAAUCAAGGACCAUCUCGACAUCACAUCGUGUCUCAUGCUGGGCUGGCAAUUACUACACUUUGUUUUCCAGCUUGGGGGUAGAGAAAUUCUUCAAGUGUGCAGCCAAACCCUGAGUCUUCUGAAACCGCAUUACGCUGCUGGAAAGCACUUUGAAACGUCACACCUGUCAUUUUUAACGAGUAUUGUUCUCACCGAGACUGCAGAAUGUCUCAUGAUGACGAAAUUGCCGACUCUAAAGCUCCAUCACGCCGAAGCAUCGAGUCAAAUUGAUGGCUGCGUGGGUCUAUGUACUGGCUUUUUGCUCCAUUUAUAUGAUCUCGCCGCGAUAAAUGUUGAUAUGCAAAACAGGAGCAGACAGGGACAAUGCAAGGCAAAAGGGCUACCGGAUUUGCGGACUAAACUGGAAGGUGUGCGGCUGGAGAUUCGGGACUGGAAACCGCAACUUCAGACAAAAAUCUUCACCAAGUUCACUGCCUUGGAGGUCGCGCAUAUGCUUUGCCAACAUCAAAUCAUGCAGACGGCUGCCCUGCUUAUUAUCCACCGUCUCCAACAUCGGUUUGGAAAGGAGGACGGCACAGCCUCCGCCCUGGCUUGUACGAUAUUGAGUCAGAUUGACUUGACUGUUCAUGUCACGGGAAAGUCUCCGUUAUGCGUCGACUUGCCACUGAUAGUGGCCUGUUUGGAGGUCGAAGACGAUUCUGCCAGGGAACAACGGCUCCGAAGUCUGUCGGCCAUCGGAAGACAUUCUGCAGUCUUUUGCGACCGCAUCAAGAGUAUGGUUAUGCAAGUUUGGACUGCGCGGCGGCAAGGCCGGAUUGUGUUUUGGCACGAUAUAGGCCAUCUUCUCUCUCGCUUCUUGUGA